AUGAAUGAGGAGGAGCAUGAGGAGCUAUUUUACUCAGAUAAUAGAAAUGAUGUUCAAGUGUGCAUAACAGGCCAGCAGUGGGAGAAAUCUGAACUACAGAAGCAUCCAAAUCGUGUGGAAAUGCAGGAAUCACUGUACUGGGAUGUGGAGCCAGGCACCAAUGUUAAGGCAAAGAGGCUGGAUUGUUAUAAAGAAAGGCCAGCAGUACCGGCCCCGGCCGGCAGAGGCGCUGCGGGGCGGCGCCAGCGCGUUCCCACCGCUCACUGGCGGCAGAGCCGGGCGGCGGAGGCUGCGCCCCCUCCCCUGCCCGCUUCCUGGUCCUUGGGGUCUGAGGGCCGCGGCCUGGGACUCCAGAGCCCGGGGCUGCGGGUGUUCUCGGCGGCCGCCGCAGCGUCCGCGGCGACGUCACGGUCCCCGCGGCCUCGCAGCCAGCGCUCGGGCCGGCCGCCGAAUGCCCGUGGACGCGCAUCUCCUCCCCGAGUUCCUGCUUCCUGGGCCAGCCAAAGCCGCAGGGAACUACAUAAGGCCCCUCCUGCUGUGACUGUCUCCAAGAAGGAGCAGGCUAUCCCAAUAAAGAGACGCCUGGCUCACAGACAUAGAGGGACUAUGGCUGCUGCCCCUCCAUCGCACAUGCACAUCAAGAAAUUGGCUGUAGAAGAAGGAGUUCUCACUGGAAAGAACACUGUGCACCAGCUCCAGGCCCAGGUUGACACAGCAACCCAGGAGGAGAGCUCCCAAGGGCCUGUGCUGCUGAGUCAGGUCCCAGAAAAAACAUCUGUGUCAUAUACUCCAGAGACCAUGGAGCAACAACUGAUGGUGUCCCUUUCUGGAGAGCCUCACGGGCCUUCUGCCAUGCCAAGCAUGUGUCCAAGCCUGAUUCUUCAGCCCUGUGCCACCACUGAUCCUAUGCUACUGCAGCCACAGGGCCCCAGCGCCUCCAACCAGGCUUCAGUUUCUGCUACCUUAGAGUGGCAGGAGAUGCUGGAGGCUGCUGAAGCUCUGCUGGCUCUGAAAAAUUCCUCUCAGACACGUCACCAGCCCUGUGGCAUGCCAGGUACUGCUGGAGAGAGGGGACUGCAGCUGGCCAACCCCUCUAUGCCACCAAGACCUACCAGCUCUGGUUCCCUGCCUUCUGGACAUCUGGACUGCAUGUCCCUCUUGACCUAAGAACCCAGACUGUGAGGCCUCGCUAGAGCACUGCCUGUUUGAUUCCUGUUUCUGAACUUGCAAAAUGGCUCCUGUCCAAAGUGCUUAAUGUGUUUUUUAAGCAUUCAGGUAUUUUAUAAGCUUUCAGAUCCUUUUUAUGAUGUAGGGCAAUUACUUGGCUUUCCUAUGUUCUUUACCCCCAUCCCUAAUUUCUUUGGAAGCUGGGGCUUUUUAUGUGUCUUAUAAAAUGCUUUGUGCAAUCUAAUAUGAUCAAUCAAUCUAUCAAUGGGGUUCUGAGUGGUAUCAAAUGCCAGUGUUUCUUUUGUGUGCACUCACUCGCACACAUAUCUGUGCACUACUGUACUUAAACAUGCAUGUGGAAACAUGAGGAUUUUCACAUUGCAUCUAGAUUUGUGUGUUACCAAAAAUAAAUAAUUUUGUAAGGCA